GCACUCGCUGACCCCGCCCCCUCCCUCUCAGUCCUUCAGCCGCGCAGCAUCGGGCAAGAAUGGCGGCUCUUUUGGAAUCUCUUCUGUCGCAGAAAGUGGACCUUAAAAAGGUUGUCGACUGGCUAAAGAAUGCUGAGGAGGGUGAAACACUAUCGUUUAGUGAAUCAGGGGUGACGGUUCACAAGCAGGAAUUUGUCCCUUUUCUUUUAAAUUUCUUGAGAGAGCAAAGCAGUCAAGCCCUCACCCAUGGCCCUGCCACGCCUGCCAAGACCCCCAGUCGUCCCAGGCCUGCUCCACAGACUCAAGGCUUGUUUAACAAAAGGGGCUGCAGGUCUGCCGGUGGUCAGGUUGGUUCUCGGAGUGCCAGCCGGGUCCAGCUGUUUUCAACAUCCCUGUCGCCUGGAACUGAGUAUGAUGCCGCCAGUCAGUCAGGAUCCCACUGUCUGAGUGGGGUCAGCGCCUUCAGCAGCCCCUCCUUUUCCACAACAUGGAGCCCGGCGUCCAGGCCUUCAGGCUCUGAGCGCCGACCUGGUCAGAGGAUCAGCCUGGGGGACUACAUGGUUUCUCCCCCUGACCUCCAGCACAGCCCCAACUUCCAGUCACAGAAGAGCCGCAAGAAGAGUGGCCAGCACAGCAUGGCAGUGGGGGGACAAGGAAAACACGGUGGAGGGCGUGGGGGACAUCACAGUGAAGAGACUGGGGGUAGAAAAUCAGUGAGAGGAGGAGGAGGAGGGUACGGGAGAAACUUUGAGCAGAUUUCACCUCCUUCUGUGAAUCAGCUUAAUUUCAACAACUUAGAAGACUUCCCUCCUGUUGGGUCGUCACCCUUUUCCCCCACGGCAUCCAAGCCGACUAGAAGAAUAAAUCCAACACCAGUCAGUACGGAGCGGCCACACUCUAAACCAAAGACCUGCUUCACAUCCACACCAUUCAGUAAACUCACUAGUCCACCGUCAGGAGUAGAGGCACUUGAGAGCUCGAUGACCGUGGGCAGUCCUCUGAGCCUGCAGGAAGAGAGAGAAUUACUCAAAAGGGAGAAGACAAAACGUGCCCAGCAGGUCGGCUCUCCUCUGCCAUCCACUCUGGAGCCUUGUACCCCAACCAAGACAGGCCCUAGGACGGGAUCUAAAGUAACACCAGACUUGCAGACAACUUGUCCAGAACCAUCCAAAGUGACUUUCUCCUUGGAUCUGGAUCUCUUGGCAGAGUUGUACUGCACCUGCAUUUCAGAAAACCUCGUGCCAAACAUUUUCCUGGAGCUUUUCUUUGUGAUGCAGUUGUUAACGUCUCAGUCGCCUCACACGCGUGACGAUGAAGAACAGGAAAGUUUGUGUGCCGCAAAUUCAGAUGUUCUAGAAAAAUGUUACCUAAGGCAAGUACACAACUGCGUGUACUUUGCGGUGAAGGUUCUGGAGAAUCAGUUUCAGUUGGUGGCUCAUUUGGACAAGUGUACGUUGCGUCUGCUGGCAGAGAAUGAACGGGUGGCAUCUUUCUCACCAGAUCUCAGGGACCGUCUCACUCAGGCCCAAGACAGAAGCACAGCAAAGCUGUCUCCUUCGGGGUCCACGUUCAUCCACUCAGUCCCGUUCCAGCCUGCUACCGACAACCGGUCCAACUUUGGUAGCGAUAAGGCCUUCCACACUUUUAAAAAACAGAGAGACAUUUUCUACGAGGUGCUGCGAGAAUGGGAGGACUUCCACAAGGAACCAGGGUGGAAUUUUGAUGCAGCUCUUGGAAAUAGGAUCAGAGGAAUGAUGGGUCAGCUGACCUCUGCUGGGAACCAUUCUCAUUUUGCCCGUCUGUUCCUGAAGCAGCUUGUUCAGAUGUGUAAAGGCACCCGUGUGAACAGCUCGCCUGGGGAUACUCCUGAUGCUGACCUGCUCGGCAUGCUGGGAGCUGACAGUUUGGGCCGUCUGAAGCGUCUUGAAGAGCGUCUAAUUCAGCCUCAUGGAGUUGCUGGUCCCUGCCCUCCUCCGUCCUUUCCUGGUCACCAAGAGUUCUUCAGGGACUUCUUGCAGGCAGCUAGCUGCUGUCAGCUGAGCCAACACCUGCAGGACAGUUUGUGUCAGCAGCUUCUCCAGCUGGAUGAAGUGUCCAUCCUGAGCCCUCCUGCUUCCGUUGGGGAGGGAGAAGAGGAAGAAGAUGGAGACAUGGAGCAGCAGGAUGAGAAGCAGCGGUUCUCCUCGGUGUUGCUCCUCGCUCGUCUUCUGGCAAAAUUCCUGGGAUUAAUCUCCUUUCUGCCUUACCAAACAUCUGAGAAACCAUCCAGAGAAAUACAGGAGACUGCUAUAGCCCUGCGCAGCAAGAGCGUUCCAGUGCUGGAUGUGUGCGCCGUGUUGAGUAAUAGUGUGAGGAGGAGGCGCACCAUCCUCACUGUUCCCUGGCUGGUGGAGUUUCUCUCCAUGCUGGACUUCGUCGGCCCUCGGCUUCUCUGCUACAGAACAGCUUUGGGCACGCUGCUUCUCCUGUAUAGGAGAAUGCUGUUGGGCCGAUGUGAAGAAAUCUGUUACCUGAACAAGCUGCUGAUGGUGUCUGUGUUAGGGUGGCUCUUCCAGAUCCCAGUGAUCCCUGAGGACAUUUUCUUCACCAGUGAGUUUACUGAGGUGGCCCAAAUAGAGGACAGCAACUCAACUACUGCAGGACUUGACUGUAUUCCUCUGGUGGACCAGCAGCUUCUCUAUACAUGCUGUCCAUUUCUUGGUGAGUUUCGUAAACUCCUCGCCGCCUUUGUGUCUGGAAGCACAGCCAAGAGUGGAGGAAUUCUCCGCAAGAUUACUCCCACUUCAGCUGAGCUCAAGGAUACGCAAGCUGUGAACAGAUCUCAGCAGAAACUACAGAUGGAUCUCGAGCAAGCCUUCUUUCACAACCAGCCCCCGUCGUUGCGUCGCACUGUGGAGUUUGUAGCCGAGAGGGUCGGAUCCAACGCCGUCAAGCAUAUGAAAGCCACGUUAGUGAGCGAGUUGGUGGAGAAAGGGGAGAAGAUGCUGAGAGAUGGACUGAAGUCGCCAAACACAAAUCCUUCAAAACUCAACGAUGCCAUAUGCGCUCAGCUGUGCGAGGCAGGCUUGGAGGCCUUGUCGAGAGCCACCAGAUUUUGCUGUGAAAAGAGCCCCGAAGCCAUACGAACACUGCUUCCUGAUGAGACCUCCCCUCCUGUCCUGACCACGUCGGAAAACAUCACCACACGUCUCGCAACAGAAAAAGCCUGCAGCUGGCUUUCUGCCAACAUUACAGCGCUCGUGAGGCGAGAGUGGAAGAGCAGGUAUGAUCGUGUGAUGAAGGCUCUCGGCAGCCCGGUGGCUCCAGACUCUGCUGACGUGGACCGAGCCGUGGUUGAACUGGUCACUCAGGAACAGUCGACUACUCCCAAGAGGAAACAAGGAAGCGAGAGCGAGAGAGUGACGUCCUGCCCUCCACACUGUAACCACAACGCUUCACGGCCCUCUGACGUCCUUAUUGAGAUGAAGGAGUUGCUGAGCAUCGCUGUAGGCCCCAGGACUGAUGAGGAACUGCCGACUGUCUCUGAACUCCAAACUCUGCUGCAGAGAGUGGGAGGAACGCUGGCCUGCAGAAAAUUCUUGACUGUGUUGUCAGAGCAGAUGCUUUGGAACUUGACUGUCUUACUGGCCUGCAAACUGGUGUCUGCAGAGCUGCCGGUGCUGCCUCCGUCAGGGUGCAGCAGGCGUGGUGGGGUUGCUGUGGGUCCUGAUUCGGGGUCAGAGCUUCGUGUCACAGCACUGCUGGAGCAGCUCGCUGAGCUGUGGCAGAAGGACUGCUGCUCCUCCGCCCCCCUCCACCUGCUCUUCACCCCCACCACCGUCACCGCUGUGCUGAAGGCCAGCGACACCGAGAGGAAGAACUACUUGUUCCUGGUUAGAAAGCUGGUCGACAGAGGAGUAUUGAGCGAGGAAGAGGUCAUAUCUCAUUGGAAGAAGCUAACUGAUCUGGCCCUGCCGGCGGUGAGGGUUCACCGCGUUCCUGUCAUCAUUUAUUCCUGUGGAAUUAUUUCGUCGACUAGCGAUUUGACCUCUUUGAUCUCCGCCUUUUCUCACUUUGUCCUCUCAUUUCAGGAGCUGAUAGAGAAUUUUCAGCUGCAGUCGGCGAGCGUGGAACCCUCCUUGCCUCUGGCCGAGCUGCAGAGCCACAUGGACAUGCUGCAGGUUUCUCAUCAGACAGUAGAGGGAGCAACAUGACAACAAUAAUUCCCGCAACUUUUGUGUGUUCAUCUGUCAGCCUGUUGUCCUCGAGGGAGACAAUUCUGGGUGACGUCUUGCUGUUGUCCGUUAUCCGGUGGCUUUUUUUUCUGCACCACCCUAUCAAAGCAGGUUCACAGUCAGCCUUUGCAAGCAUCAGACUUUUGUUUUCCACCUCUGAGGCAAGAUUUCAUGACUCCCUCUGCUCUUACAAAGGUGCAAAGGAGAAGCAGAAAGCCCUGUCAGUACCACAUCAACUUUCACCUUACAUCCAGGGGAAUCGUCCUGCAAGCAAGGCUGGUUAGAUGGUUGUGUCUUAAGGAGAAAGCUCAGCAUCAAGAUGGGAAGUAUUUUGCAUUUAAAAGACUUAAUAUGCACGUUUCAGAAUGUGACACAUGAAAUUUACAAGACACAGCUUAUGACAAACAGACUGAAAAUACCACUUUGUUAAUUUUUAGGCCCCCAAGUGAGAAAUCGGUGUCUUUAUUUCAAUAUUGCACUUUCACACACUGCCUUUGACCGCUUAACUAGUGACUGCAUGUUUAUUUCAUGAAUGCCAGAGUGCAUUUGUGAUUUGUUUUUGUUCAUAUUGAACAAGCGCAUUUAGACUUGAAUCAUUUUUAUUUUGUCGCAAUGUUGAAAUUAUAAAUAAUAAAGAAGUAUUCAGGUUUAA